UAUUUGUGUGAAAAUCCUCGCCGGACAUGAGCGCAAAGGAUGACAAAUACCAACUGGAUGCGACCCUUGUGUAGGGUCAUAGCCUCGGUAAACAUCGGACUAGGCUCUAUAGGGGUCAUUUUAUGUUCAGAAAGGACCACAUCAGUCCCUUUGCUGUUGGAAAGAUGGGAGAACGGACAUUAUUGCCUGAUUUAUAACUUUGAGGCUUUAAUUAUUACUUGUAUGAAAUAACGAACGCCUGGCGAAUAUUAAAUGGAUUGACACUUUAUGUACUGUAAAGUGAUAUGAUCAAAAUUUUUUUUAGGGGUGAUGUAAAGACCUGAAACACGCUAGUAGGCCAGGGACUGGGGCCCUAUUUACAUCCAGGAUACCGAGUUGCCAAUGUCGCCAAUAUACCGGUACAGACUGUAUAGCUAGAGCUUACCGCUUAGUUGUCUAUGACAUAGUCCUAUUGAGCACAGGCGGCUAAAUUGAUGGAUUGACAAAUAUUGCUUUGAUCGGAGAGGGUGAGGAGGUCUAUCUCCGACACAAAGAAGUUUACCAGGGUUUACCCGUGCUUGCUGGGUCUGGAGGCAGUUAAAGAUACGACACCACCACGUAGUUGGGUGUCGUCCCUUGUAAAUGGAGAGCGGAAAAAUUACAAUUUAAGCAACUAAAAGCUGUCUAUUAUACCUGCUUAAGAACACGGACACACGUUAAGUCGCCAAGAAAGAGUGCACAACGAAGUUAUUCCUCUGUGGUCGUUGGGAUUUUUGCUGAACGAGAUCGAAGGAUCCCUAUGUUGAAUCCUAUCAAAUAGAAUAGCAGGCACGUGGGAUGCUUAUAUCACAUAAUGGAUAUAACCGGAUUGUUACACUAAUAAUAUAACUGGAGUAAGCAGGGGUGACGGCCGCAAAGGAGAUAAAGUGUUGGGCGUCGAGAGCGUACCGAGUGUCUGCAAGGAGGGAAUGGAGAGGACCUGGGGCUGCGGGCGGGGGCGACUGGUGGUCCUCUUUUACCUGUUCGCCCUCGGUGCCUGGUUAGCGAUGAUGUUCCUGCAGUUAGUUCUGCUGGAUGUUCAGCUGACGCGGGGCUCGUGUGGGCAAACGGGGCGUGGGGUACUCGAUCACCUGUGGGGACGCCAGGAAGAAACCCAAGACGUUAAUUUAGUAUCAAUCCGACUAAAUCUUAUGGAAUUGAGACGUCUCUUGACACACCCUUGCCCAGGGAUACAGUUUCAUUGGAUGAGGUUAAGAAUUACCCGGAUGUGGCAACAAUGGCGUCGCGGUGUAGAAGAAAUGUUACAGGAAGGGAAGAUUUCGAUUAGUCGGCGAAAGAAAAAUAUUUUGCUUCACUUCGGUACCUUGGCGCAAGGAAACAGACUGGACGAAACAGCUUUUAAGGGUGGCCCUCUUGGAGAGCUGGUACAGUGGAGCGACCUGGUGGCCACUUUGUACAUCUUGGGGCAUGACGUCACCAUCACCACGGAAAUAAACCAACUUGGAAAACUUAUGGCGGAUAAUUGGCAGCGUCCAGUUCAGGCCAGUCUGGGCCGCGGGCCACUGCCCUAUGAUCUGAUCUUCACCGAUAUACACGGGUACAAACAGUUCAGAAAUACCCUGGCAGAAGCGGUUUUUACGAAGUCCAGGUGCCUGUUUCGUAUACUCGACUCCUUUGGAACCGAGGCAGAGUUCAACUACAGGCCAUACGCCACCGGUUACCAUGGCAACAACCGUUCCAAUACUUGCGAGUGGGGAUGUCUUCAUCUGCGACUUCAGCAGUUCUACACAAUGUUUCCCCACACUCCGGACAACUCUUUCCUUGGAUUUGUAAUAGAGCGGCAUAAUGCUCGCGAUGGGGUCAAGCAAACAAUACGGAUACAGAACCAGUCGUUAGUGUACGCGAAGAGAGAGUACAUGUGGGAGGGAAAACAAGCCUUCAUCGAUGUUAUCCGAGAAUUCUUUGAUGUCCACGCCACAUCAGAACUUCAAGCGCCACGUCAUAUGACGCAGUCCCCUAUCCCGGAAUAUGUCCACAACCACUACGUCCUUCUUGGGGACAGCUACCAAGCCCUGCUACAACAGUCGAAGAUAUUUGUGGGUCUGGGGUUCCCGUACGAAGGACCUGCUCCUCUCGAGGCCAUCGCCAUGGGGACCGUCUUCAUAAACCCACGAUUUCACCCGCCUCACAGCCGCUCUAACACGGCUUUCUUUGCAGAGAAACCGACAAACAGAGAGGUGACCAGCCAGCAUCCGUAUGCCGAGGACAUAGGCGACCCUCACGUGUACACCGUGGACAUUAACAACCAUACUCAGCUGCGAGCCACGCUCCUCAGGGUGCUAACUAGGCAACAAGAGGUGCCUCCUUUUCUUCCUUUCGAGUUUACCGUUGCCGGGAUGUUGGAGAGGAUGAAUUAUUAUAUAGAGAAUCAAGAUUUCUGUUCCAACCCCAUCAGAAGUCACGUGCCAAGAAAUGCCGUCCAAGGUUUUGUCGGUGCCGAGGGAAAGUCGUGCAAUGAUGUUUGCCGGAGUAACGGCCGUUUUUGCGAAAACACGAGGUUCAACAGCGUCAACAACAUGGACUUUUUACGGGCAAGAAAUGUGACUUGCAGUACAGUUGUAUCAGAGGCUGGGUUGGUUUACCCGUCUUUCGUUAGGCAAGGUGCAAGAAAGGAUUGUUUCUUUCAACAGAAUGAUUUUCUGUUCAACUGCGCCAGUAAACUGGAGAAGCACAAUCGAUUGUGCGCUUGCAGAACGUUUAAAAAGGAACAAGUAGCUCUUUGCCAUGAAUGCUGACGAAGCAUUUUUUGUUUUAUUGUCAAACUAAUGUACGUAUUUUUGCAAGUGAUUGUUCAUAAUUCAUUAAAUUGCCUUUUUUUUUUAACAUCUUUUAUUCUCAAGAGGGUUAAAUAUUGAUACAGUAUAAAUAAAGGUGGCAAUUCGCCUAGGCAUUAUAUGCUUACCUUAACAUUAAAUUGCCUUUACAAGUAUGCACGGACGAAGACAGGGAAGAUUUUGAAAAUGACAUUUGAAACGCAAAGGGGAUCUCAGUGUUCGGUUUGACAGUGCCAAAGAACAGGGAGGAACUUAAUUUUACAAAGCCCUCGAGUUCAUGAUACGAAUAAUAAAAUAGUUCACUCGUCAAGAGCAGGUAAAAUGGAAUUUUCUUAUUUCCCUUUUUCCAUUGUGGUUAUUUUAAUUUUUGCUUGAUGAACUUCUUCAAUCGAAAUCCUGACUACAUGAUACUGCAUGACUUUACUUAAAACUAAUGCAUCCAUUUCAAAGCAAACUCC